AUGGGAUCCUGAUCGAUUGGACACAAUCCAUUUCGAGCAAUCGGUGGGAAUCCAGGCUCUACAUUGCCAUUUGGUUCUUGUUCUGCAUCGACCCGUUUUUCGUUUUCAAAAGGAGAAAAACGAGGAAGAAGCUGCAUCACACCUGGCGCGGCGUCAAACGUGCCUCAGGGCCGCAAUUUCAUGGAGUCGUAUCGCCCACACCUUUUCCCAACGAAGCGUCUUGAUAUCUCCCGAGAUUGUCUACACCACCUUCAUAUCUGGCGCCAUGCUACUGACAGGUUUAUACUCCCCUGAAGGGAACGGGGAUGGGUUUGACAGAGAAAUAUUAAUGGCGGCGUUUUCACAAUGCCUAGCCAUGCUCCAUGGGCUGGAGAGAAGAUGGGAGGGGGUCAGGUGGGCGGUCGCAAUUUUAGAAAACCUGGCCAGUUUCAAUCAGAAUGGCAGGGCAAGCGAUGCUGUCGAACACCCACUGCCAAAAACCAUCAUUCCUACAGAACGUCACAAUCCUCUCCACGCAUCUUGGGACACGAAGACUUCCCCUAUGUUCCCAAGCGAUUUUGAAUGGGCCCGGAUCACGACCCCCGGAGCGAAGUGCCUCCACCAAGACUUAUUCGAUCAAAUGGAUAGCGCAGCCGAACCCGAUGGACUUGAUGCUCACUUCUGUUUCCAAGGCAUUUUAUCCUUGGAAGAAGCGUGGGGUCAAUUCUCGGCUCCACCACAGGAGCUCUAUUGCAACUGAACGAUGCUAUCAGAACGUGGCUGCAGCGCUGGCCACGUUCAGGCAUUAGGGCCCGCUGUACAUAAUCUUGCUUGUAACGCACGAUGCCAAAUGCACACAUGCCGGGUGAUGAUCACCUUGCACUUCAGCACU